AUGAAAAUAUUAUUCAAGUCUCAAGAAUUGUGGGGUUUUGUUGAAGAUGGAUUUGAAGAUGCUCAACCUCCAGAACCUGAUCAACAAUUGAGAGAGAAGAGAAAGAAAGAUUCCAAGGCAUUGUUUAUGAUACAACAGGCCUUGGAUGAUGAAAUCUUUCCCAUAAUUACCUCGACAACCACAUCCAAGAUGGCGUGGGAUACUCUAAAGCAAGAGUAUCUAGGUGAAAAGAAGGUGAUUAGAGUGAGGCUGCAAUCACUAAGGAGAGAGUUUGAAAUAGCUCUAAUGACGGACAAAGAAUCUGUCCAAGAUACUUGUCACGUAUAUCCAUUUGGUACAACAAAUGUGUCAUAUGGAGAAACAAUGACCAAUGACAUGUGCGCUAUUGAAGAGUCAAAGGACAUGCCAUAUUACACCUUUGAUGAACUCAUGGGAUCCUUGCAAGCUCAUGAGGAGAGACUCAAUAGAAAUGGUGAGAAGAAGGAAGAUAAGGCAUUCCAUGUGAAAGGAAAAUCCUCAAACAAGGAAAAGAUAAGGCAAUUCAGUGGAAGAGCUAGAGGAAGAGCUGGCUCAAGAGGAAGGGGUCGUGGAAGAGGACAUAAUAUGAAAGGAAAAGAGAAAUCAUAUAAGGUCCACUCAAAUGUUACUAUUGCAAUAAGCCAUGCCACAAAGAAGCUAUGUUGGAAGAAGGAGGAGGAUAAACAAAAGGGAGGUGGCGUGUGGUAUGUUGACAGUGGGUGCUCCAACCAUAUGUCAAGUGCCAAGUCUAUGUUCAGAGAACUGAAUGAAUCUUUAAAGAGCAAGGUGAGGCUUAGAGAUGGAAAAUAUCUUGAAGUGGAAGGAAGAGGCACGAUUGCAAUCAAAACUGAGCAAGGAAACACUAAGCUCUUAUAUGAUGUGCAGUAUGUGCCAAAUUUGGCUCACAAUUUGCUGAGUAAAUCCAAAGAAGUUGUAGUAAAGAUUGUUAUGGGGAAAAACAGAAUGUUCCUUCUUGAUUUAUCUGGCAAUGUGAGCAAAGCACUGACAGUUAAAGGAUGA